AUGUCGGGCCCCUUUGAGGAGCGGAGCGGGGUGGUGUCCUGCGCCACUCCGUGGGGCUGCUGGUACCAGACCCUGGAGGAGGUGUUCAUCGAGGUGCAGGUCCCGCCGGGCACCCGGGCUAAGGACGUCCAGUGCAGCCUGCAGAGCCGGCACCUGGCUCUGGCCGUGCGCGGGCAGGAGGUGCUCCAGGGUAGACUCUUUGACUGCACAAUAGCUGAUGAAGCGACAUGGACAUUAGAGGACAGAAAAUUGAUACGUAUUGUUCUAAUGAAAACGAAUCGAGAUGCUGGAAAUUGUUGGACCUCUCUGUUAGAAAAUGACUAUGCUGCUGAUCCUUGGGUACAGGACCAGAUGCAGAGGAAACUUACACUGGAGAGAUUCCAAAGAGAGAAUCCUGGCUUUGACUUCAGUGGGGCAGAAAUUUCUGGGAACUACAGCAAAGGGGGACCAGACUUUUCCAAACUUGAGAAAUAAACUUCUUUCAGCUGUGUUCCAAAGAACAAGAGAAAUAAUAUGUUAAACUGAAGGAGUGAAAUAUGUCGUUGCUAAAGAUUUCACCUGUCUACAGAAUGAAUGUCAUCAAAUACUGUCUCCGUGGAUAAUUACAGGGGAUUCCUUUCAGUAGGAUCAAGACAAACAGCAAAGUUAUAGAGGCUCAUUUUUAAAUGUGUGCUAACUUUGAUAUUAAUGGAAAAUAUGCAUACAUGGAAAAUGUACUUUAAAGGUG